AUACUUUCGAUUUCCCAUUCUAACUACAUAAUUAUUUCUUGGCUUUUUUUUUAUAUUAUUAUUUCCUUCAAUCAUACCUCAGCAUUGUAAAAACACACAUCAGAAAAAGGGAGGAAAAAACUGGAACACAUCGUAUCCUAUCAUAACUAAUCAUUUCCAUGGCGUAUCUCUGGGGCCCUCGAAGGGCUUUAAGUCUCGCAGCGGUGCUUGCGACGACUGCUUCAGCCGCAUACAUCAGACCGAAUACUCUGUUCGAGAGAGCCGAUAGCACAUGUGCCGUAAACUUCACGAGAUGCUCCUCAUCCGGGUUACCUGACAAUUUCUGCUGCGAACCGAAUACGACGUGUAUAGCCCUGGCUGGCAACACGACGGUAUUAUGCUGCCCGGAAGGCAAGACUUGUAACAAGAUAAGUCCCAUAACAUGCGACCUUGCGUUACAAGAUCCUGUCGAAAAUCCCGAGGCGGAGAUCAAGACGACGGUACUUGAUGGAGUUCUCGAGACGUGCGGGACGGGGACGUGUUGUCCGUUUGGUUAUCAUUGCGAUGGCACAACCUGCGUAAAAAAUACCGACCAGAGCAAAAAGCCUGAUUCGAAACCGAGCUCUGCAAGCCCAUCUGCACCGGCUCCUACUAGUACAAACCCCUCGACAUCAAAGACGACGACGGUGGCUGUAAGCGAGAUAACAUCCACUACGCAACCGCCCGCGUCACCUACAGAGACGGAUGUCGAGCCAACCAGCGUACCAACUAAUGAGCCAACUAGCGAGCCAGUUACCGAAACACCACCAACAUCGAAUUCAACCACGGCAGAAACAGUGAAAAUCGUUGGAGGAGUUAUCGGGGGCGUUGCAGGCUUCGUUCUCGUCAUCCUAGCCGUAAUAUUUGCACGAUACAAGCGCAAGCAGCAACUCCAGAGACGGGAACAAUUGCAACGCCAUGAAUCGACCUCAUCCUUCGGUAACAUCAUUAGUGCGCCGGUGCCUCAUGCUAAAUACCCGAACGAACGCCUAGAUUUCCUAGCGAAGCAAUCUCAGUCUAGCUCGCCUCGGAGUUUUACGCCGUCAUCUCCAACAGCCGUGGCAUCGCCUAACAGUCAUCGUAAACCUGACGAGGGAUAUGGCGGAUUUGGAUUUAUGCCGCCGAACUCUCCAUAUUCACCGUAUGCCCGUCGUCCGGACAGCGAGAUGUCAGACGCGCCACGUAGUUAUCACGCCUCGGCUGAGAUUGGCGGGCUCAGGAGUCUGACGGGCUGGAACCAAUUCCAGCAGAGCAGCGGCGAGGGUAGCGGCAGCAAUGGUAUGGACAACUUUUCUACCGGCCCGACGCCGACGGUAACCGUGACACCGGCGCGGGACGGAACGAUAAAGGGAAGGGACAAAGGAAAGGGGAAGGAGAGGGCUCAGUUUAAUGAGGAUGAGGGCAUGAGCAUUAAUGUCUUUGCGGACCCGCGCAAGGUAGCAAGCGGCAGGCCUGACAGCUCCGUGACGACGUGGUCUCGUAUUCAGCAGCGGGCUGACACUAAUAGCAACAACGGCAACGCGCCGCCGACAAGGGGGCAGGCGAGGUUAGGGGAUCAGCUUCCUAGAUGGAGGUGAUGAUCUCUUCACUUCUAACGUGAUAAUUUAAUUACCACCUACCCAUG